AUGUUUGUGCUGAUUUUUUAUCUUCUCACGCCAAUUCCUAUAAUGAUCGCCACAACAUGUGAGGUCGAACCAGCAGCUAAGGACCUUUGCACAUUCUUUGCAACAAUCCUCAUAUUUUCUGCCUAUGCGUUACCAGUACUGUUGGCUCGUGCUCCCUAUGCUGCACCGGCGAUCCAGUGGGGUGCUUGUGCCCUGACAAUGACGGGUAACACAUUCAUGUUCGCUACCAUAUUCUGGGUUAUAUAUUUGGCCGCCAAAAGGGAUGAUUUUUACAUGUGA